AUGAUGCAUCUUCGUCCCAGGUGGUGGGAGCACCCCACCCCCCAAGAGCUCGAAUUUUUUCGCAACCUUGAUCCUUGCUCGAAAUCAGAAAUCUUCAGAUGGGACAUUAACGAGAAAUCUCACCCAUGCAUCCGUGCCGGAUUGGACCAGUGCCUCGACUGUGCCGAGUUUGGUCACAGACGGCCAUGUAUCAGCGAGAAACCGUUUCCUCGCGCGCCGCCGUUUCAAGAUUGGCGCCGUUCGAUCAACGGCAAGACCUACACCAAGGGCAUGUUGCGCAUGACUAAGGAACAACUAGCCGCUCUGGCAGCCAAAGAGGCGAUUGAAGCUGAUUUCAACCUGUCUUCCGAUGAUAUCGACCUCCUUGACUCCAUCGAGGCAGCCGCUACGUCGAGCCAAAUACAACCCACUCAAAGCACUGUUGUGAUUGCUACGUCGAGCCCAACACAAGGUCCCACUCAAAGCACUGUUGCGACUCACGAGUCGACCAUCAUUGACUUAUGUUCGCAAACAACAACUGUUGCGACUACUGUUGCGACUACUGUUGCGACUCACAAGUCGGCCAUCAUUGACUUAUCUCAAACCACUACUGUUGCGAGUCACGAGUUGGCCAUCGAGGUAACUUGGAAUGAAGGCACUCCCGAAGCGAACAUUCAAGAACAUGCGAGCAUUCAUGAAAAUGUCGAUGAAGAUGAACACGUGGAGGUCAUCACGGCCACGUUGCCCAAUCGCAACACCGGAAUCCAUCGUGGAAUACGCGCCCAAAACGGAGGUGGCAAUAUCCCUAUAUACACACGCGGUGUUUCAGAAGAUGAGGACGAAUUAAACACGACAUAA